AUGGAUCGUCUGUCUUUAAACGAAAGCCCUGCCAAUGCGCAACGCAGCCCCCGCCCACAGAACCAAUUCGCCCAGUCUCAACCCCAGAAUCAGAAUCAGAAUGCCCUCGGUCCAGCUGGCCCCCAGCCAACAGGCGGCCCGCCGCAAUUACCUCCGCAGAUGUUCACCACUGCCGCGCAGCUUCUCGAUUUAACGGAUAAGACGAUCGAGCGCGUCUACGCCGGCCAGCUGUACGCUGAUGUUCCGCGGGGUAUCUUUAUCGUUCGCGGAGAGAAUGUACUCUUACUGGGUGAAGUGGAUCUCGACCGCGAAGACGACAUCCCGCCGACCAUGACCAAGGCUCCUAUCGAGGAAGUCUUUGCAUUGAAGAAGAAGGAAGAGGAUAAGCGGAAAAAGGGCGAUAAGAAGCGUUAUGACGAGCUGCAGGCUCUUGGCUUCGAGCCCGAGCAUAGUGGCGAGAUCUUGUUCUAA